GCAGUUUUCUUAUGUCGCGGUUGAGUACAACAAUAAAGAAACAGCGUGUAAAAAGUCGUAUCAUUCGGUUAUUUAAUGCCACGUUGUAUUUUCAAAGAGUAAAACAGGCAACAUGUUCAACAUGUUCACACAGCCUGAAGAGCCUGAAACAGAUCGAGGGAUUCCCCAAGGAGUUUUCUCAAAGGGGGGGAUUCCCAGAUGUUCACUGUACAACUGCUUCAUUUUCAGACCAUUUCAUUUUCGACACGUGGUAUAUUUUUAAUGAAGUCCGAAAUUAGGGAAUUUUGUACAAUUCCUUACCUUUUGCUAAAUACUGCUUUAUAUUAGUAGAAAUCACUCUUUGCUAUCGUUGGCUGUGGGAUCUCUUUUCAUUUCUGUUGAACUUUGUGAGAGAAGUUCUUUAAAAGAAGUGCAUAUCUCUUGUAUUUCUAUUCCUCUGUAGAAGAGGAAUAGAAAUACAAGAGAUACACACUUUUGUGUGUGUGUCUACAUGUACUCUCUAUGUGGCCUUUCUUGAAUUAGCUCUAUUCAACAUCAUUGACCACGACUGGGGAGACAGGGAUGAUUGAAGGGAGGCUAAAAGGUAAAAAUGUACAUUUUGUCAUUCUGAGAGAGGUGAAUUGUCCGUAUUCAUUGUGUUGUUGUGGUAAAAGUAGAGUCAUGGCUUUAUUGCCAUCAAACAGGUUGAGCAGCAGAUAAGACACAUUGUCCUACAAGUGGAGACACGAAUGCAGACAGGAAACGUUCGCAGUGGGUGUGGCUGAACCGCCUCUACCUGCCUUACCACCACUUCCCUACAGAAGGAUUAAACUUUAUAAGAGGACCUGUUGGACUGAGAGGCUGCAUGGAUUAUCCUGUCAGAACUAAGCAGUCAUGAUGCCAAAUUUAGGAUCGAAGAAGAAGGAAAGACACACAGAGGACUUGCCUCGGUUAAGCAAUGAGAAGCAGCUGAGGAUCCUGAAUAUGGUGAAGAGCGGAGAAUUGUCCAUCGAAGAUGCUCUGAUCCAGGCCAGGAAGGACGGGACGCCGCUGAGCAAACCCAACGCAGCGGCUGAAGAGGAACCUAAACCGUCGCAGUACAACUUCAGUGUUCACAAACACAACCACUACCGAUGGCAGAAGAGGGUUCUUCAGAUCGAUUUGAACACCAAAAUGCUGUGCAGUAUCGAGAAAGGCAUCAUCAAACGGCAACUUCCUUUCCUCAUUGUCAAAAGCUGUGACGAUGGAGUGGGUUCUAGGUUCACCAUUUCCUUCAAAGGUCAUCAUGAUUAUGAACUGGAGGCCACUUCACUGGAGGACAAGAACAAGAUAAUACAGCUUGUGAAUCAGAUCAUUUAUGGGAACAUAUACAGUGACAAUGGAGAAACACUUCAGCAGCCUGAAGAAUCACAGAGCCUUCAGGAAGGCGUCUUAUUGCUGCACCGGGGCGGCCUGGCCUCCUUCAAAUGGGUGAAAUAUGAAGUACAGCUCCACCCGGGUCAGCUCACGCUGGUCCCCGUCAAGCAACGUGGCCCCGCAAACGCCAACGGGAUGUUCUCGGGGCCCUCGUCCAUCGUGAUCCACCUGUCGGACGGCGACACCAGCGUACAGAAACCGGACGUCUCCGACAUGUUCACACUGAUCACCCACAAAAAUGAGUACCAGUUCCGCGUCCCUCUGCCGGAUGAAGCGGCCGCCCCUGGAUCAGUCCAGAAGGAGCGAGAUGCUUGGGUUCAGGCUAUCGACGCACUGUGCUCAGGCUGGAAGAGGAAGUCGAUGGACGGAAGCAACUUUAUGAAAAAAAACAGACCACGACAUCUCAGCAUACCUGAGGACACCGACUCGGAGCCUGAGUCAAGUGGCAAAUUGGACGAUAGAAAUACGACCCAAAGUGCAGUUGAAAAUGUAGAUCCCCCUUCUGGCGGUAAAGAUCCCCCAUCAGACGAGAGCCGAGGCCCCUCCCCAGUAGGUCACGCGCAUCCUACUCCAAAACUGACAAAGUAUAAUGUCAUCCGGCCUGAUGUUUCGCCUCCCGUCCCAUCACCAACCCCCCCGCAUGUCUCAGCCUUAUCCAAGACCACUUUGCCACAACCCCUCACCCCUUCGCCCACAAAGGUGGAGCCUCUUAACCAUCACUCAGGCGCCUCGGUUGUUAAAGAGCCUUCACGGCCGAGUAUCCCAGCCCCGCCUCCUUUUCCCUUUAAAUUCGGAAUGAAGCCAAGAAAACCGCUUACCAAGGCCUUCCACUGGGACGUAGUCGGCCAAGAGAAGAUUGCAAAAUCGUUCUGGGUACAGGAGUGCACCGGGAGGAUUGAAAUCGACACAUCGCGCUUAUACGAGCAAUUUGCCGUGAAAGAUCUUGGGACGUUCGGUGCGGCUGAGCCGAGCCACACCCAGCAUAUUAUGCUAAAUCAGAAGAUCGCACACAACCUUAACAUUUUCCUCAAAAGUUUUCCGGUGCGAGCGGGAGAGCUGAAGGACAAACUGUUCAUUGUUAACGAGGAAGAUGGAGGCCUGUCUGAUGAGCACAUCACCUCCCUCCGGAGGUACAUCCCCACGAUGAGUGAUGUGGAAAUGUACAAAGCACACAAAGGACCUGUGGCAGAGCUGCAUAUUGUGGACCAGUACAUGAUGGAGAUGUGCAACAUCCCCUUGCUGAGCACACAGCUGGACCUGCUGCUGACUCUGAGAGAGCUUCCGAUCAGCAUGAAGGACCUGCAGCCCCUGAUUAACCAGCAGAUCAGAAUGUGCACGCAGCUGAACAACUGCAGGUCAUUUGUUUCGGUGCUGGAGUACCUCCUUGCCAUCGGCAAUUACCUCAACGAGAACGCCAGGAAGGAAAAGGCCAAGGGAUUCCGCCUCUCCUCCUUAACGAACCUCACCCAGCUGCGUGGGAAAGACAGGAAGUUCACCUUGCUAAACGCCCUUGUGGAGCAGAUCAUGUUGCAUGAACCGAGCUUGGCCGCUUUUACCCGGGAGUUGGCAGAAUUUGAAACUGUCCCAGGAGCUUCCAUCAAAGGCCUGACCGCAGAGGUAGAUGUCCUGAAGAAUGAACUGCAGAAAGUCAUUCAGUAUAAAAGAACUUACAAGAAGACAAAUGCUGGAAUUCAUCACCAAAAGUUCUACAAAGACCUGAAGGCUUCAACUGAAAAGUACAAAACGGAUCUCUCGGCACUGACGAAUACAUGCGAGGAGAUGAAGAAACUCUACUCUGUCACACUGGUUAAAUUCGGUGAACCGGCUGACCAAGACUCUCAAGAGCUCUUUGGAUUGAUCUGUCGUUUCGUCCAGGAAUUCAAGGGAGCCCAUGCUGAGAUCCUUUGAGUCACAAGCCAAAUGUUUAGAUCACUCAUAAGCGUAUUACGUAUGAGAAGCUUACCAAACAAACAAUGUUCUUAGUCGCAGGUGAGGGACACAUCAUUUUCUGAGCUGUUUGUAUUUUUGAUCCGUGAAGGUGAUUUAUUGCAGACAUGCAGUAUGAAGUGUGCAGCUCGAUCGGCGGGGCAACAGGAUGUCAGUGGAAAUCAAUUUUGGGAAUAUUAAACUCAUCCUGUAUGUCCCAGUAUUUCAUUUCCAGAAGUUGUUUUUUGUUAUGUUUACUUCAUUUUGAGACACAAAUCAUUAAUGCAGGAUUUGCAACUGCUGGGUUUUUAAGAAACACUUGGAUGCUGAAGUGUGCCGCUGAAACCCACGGCUGACUGCUGGCAGCAAAACAAAAAAAACAAAUCUCUCUGGAAGCCAGCGCAGGCUGGUGUACUUUGGAUGUGAGAUUAUUUCCAUCUCGCCGCGAGAUCCGGGACGUUUGCUAUUCCCUGCGUUACCCAAAGAGUUCAAAUGCUGCAUCUGAUUAAGGAAGACGUGCCACUUUGCCAUGAACACUAGACGCAGACCUCCUCUUAAGAGGGGUAGAACUAAGUUGCAACCAGUGGUUCCAUCGAGUGGACCGAAACUUGCAUUCUCUCUGCUGACCAGUCGGGGGCGACUUCUCUGAAUGCAAAAAGACAUCUGAAAUAUCGGAGUUGCUGUAGGUACCAUAUUAAUAAUAUUUGUUUUAAAUAGUGUUGACUUUGGUAUAGUUAGAAUGUAUACGGUUAUAUUUUAAAGAGCAGUUUUUGUGAUUUCUUAUUGCAGGGUCUAUAAUAUCUGGAUGGACUGCUCUAUAAUUCCAACCUCCAUUGUUUACUCUUAAUGUUGAAUACGACUUAAAAUGUUAACAUAUUUUGAGACUAAUUUUAUGAUUGGGUUAGAAGUUCCUGGUCUCAGGGUGGUGCACAGAUUUUUUUAAUUAAUGUCACUGAUAGAGUUCCAUAACAGCCGACAUGUGGUCGCUGCUUGGGAACCUAUGGAUCCUCUGAAGUCACGAGGCCGUCGCAAAACGUUUAUUGAUGGUUGAUUGACGAUCGUCUGGGACUUAAACACAGAAAGAAGAUUUUUCCUUGGUAUUUUUAAAAAUGUCCUGUUUGUCAGAAUUUUUAGUUUGAAGGAAUUUUUUUUGGACCGCUUUUAUUAAAGGGUCGAGUCAAACUAUACGGGUUUACGUUUUCUGUUAUUUUGGAAUUCAUUUUCGAAGGCAUAACUAUUCCAGCUAUGAAUUUUGUUGCCUUUUCAAAAUCUGUACUUCUACGCUUUUCUUUUGCCUUAAAACACUUUGUGUAGUCGUCACUGGAUUUUUUAGGUAAAUAUAAAAUAAUACCUUGGA